CCCAAACAAUUUAUAAUUCAGUAAAAACUUGAAGACAGAUUAAUUUAGAAAAAAAAAAAAAUAGAAAACAGAGAGAGAAAGGCCCUUUGGUCGAAUCAGUGACCGAAGGAAGGCCAAAAUCAAUCUGAAUAUCCAUAUCCAUUUCUAAUUAUGCCGUUUUCAAGGAAUUUUAGUCUUCUCCUUUCUGGAAUUAGGGUUUUGCUUUGGGGAUUUUAGAUGCUAUCUUCUGGUUACCUUCCACGUUGGAUCUCUGCUCUUUUUGCCUCCAUGGGUGGUUGUCUUGGAUGCUUUCGGCCAUCUAAGGGUCUAACUACUCAACACUGGAAAUUGAAGAGAUCUAGCUUUUCUGAAGAUUUCUGGAGUAGCAGUGCAUGUGAAAUCGAAAAUAGUCCACUCAAGCCCCAAAGAAGCAUUUCAUCAAUCAGUAUAUUAAGUCAUUCCCUUGACCUUUCUGGCAGCACUAGCCGUCCUUCUGAAUUUGUAAAUCAUGGCCUUCUUCUUUGGAACCAAACAAGGCAACAAUGGGUUGGAAAUAAAAAGUCUGAGAAGCGGACACAACCUCGAGAAUCCAUGUUAAGUUACAGUUGCAAUUGGAAUGCUGUCGAUGAUAGUUUGCAUGGGAGCACUAAGCCGUUCCCGAAGCCACUUCCACUUUCUGAAUUGGUGGAUUUUCUAGACGAUGUUUGGGAACAAGAGGGCUUAUAUGACUGAGCAGAAUGAUGUAAAAAACAUAGGGAAACAUUUUUCCAGGAAUUUAACGAGAUCGUCCUGAUCCGUUGGAUUCUUCCACUGUAUAUUAUUUGUACUAUAGUUUACAAAUCCUUUUGGAUUGAGAUGAAAAUUUAAUAUCAAUGAUCCAAAAGAAAAAAAGGGGAUCCAAUAUUCUAGUA